AUGGCGAGCCCCGCUGUCCUGGAAAAGCUGGACGAGCCUAUCGCGUCAAAGAUUGAGCAGCUCGAUCGUCACGGAUACCUUUUUGGCCAGAAGAUCACACAUUCCCUGUCACCACUUCUACACAGCACCAUCUAUGAGGGCAUCGGCUUGAAAUGGGAGCAGAUGCGCCUGGACUCGGCCGAUAUGGCCAUGUUCCUGGAACUCAUCAAGCACCCCAAAUUCUACGGCAGCUCCGUCACCAUGCCCAACAAGGUCGCCAUCAUCCCGUACCUCGAUGAGCUGACAGACGAGUGCCGCGACGUCGGCGCCUGCAACACCCUCUACGUCCGCGAGCGUGACGGUAAGCGGAUAUACUGCGGCACCAACACGGACGUCAUCGGCGUCCGCGAGUCGUUUGUGCAGAACGUCGCCGACCCGGACGCCGUCUACCACAACAAGCCCGCUCUCGUCAUCGGCGGUGGCGGCGCCGCCCGCAGCGCCGUCUACGCCCUGCGCAAAUGGAUGAAGGCCACCGACAUCUACCUCGUCAACCGUGACAAGAGCGAGGUCGACGCCGUUAUCGCAGAGUGCACGGAGCGGGGCUAUGGAGAGAACUUGUUCCACGUCUCCACCGUCGAGGAGGCGAGAGAUCUCGAGGCCCCCGGCGCUAUUGUGUCGUGCAUCCCCGACUUCCCUCCCAAGACGCCAGAGGAGAUCGUGGCACGUGACAUUAUUGUCGAGUUCUUCAACAAGGACAAGAAGGGAAGCAUUUUGGAGAUGUGCUAUAACCCUACUCCCUUCACCGAGAUUGGUGCUCUGGCCGAGGAGGCCGGCUGGCAAGUGAUUCUUGGUACUGAGGCCAUGAUCUACCAAGGUCUGGAGCAGGACCGUUACUGGACAGGCAAGGAGGUUGACCAAUUGCCCGUUCAGAAGGUGAAGGAGGUGAUUGCUGCUAGGCUGUCACAACAUUCAAAAUUGUAA